UCUUGAUUCACUCUAUCGGCGUGUGUGUGUUUGUGGAGGACGGUGUAGUUUGGGGAGUAGGAGUCGUCGCGCCGGGCGGCAGUGCAGUGCAUCUCUAAAAAAAAAUCUAAAAAGCUUUUUUUUUGUGGGGGAAAAGAAACGACACAAACUGAAGAAACGACCCCCCCAAGUGACGACUUUCUGUGUAAUUAUUUGACUGCGACACACCAACAAAACACAACGCAGACUGACGGUGACGGUUGGAUCAAGGUGUUGAUAGCUUAGCAACUAGCCUCCCAAAAGCUAAUUCAUCCAUCCAGCUUAGCCGUUAAUCAGACAAAAAACACCCGACAGAAGAGCUCCAGAACCAGCUAGCUUGCUGGAGACAGCGUCUGCGUUUAGGUUAGUUGCCACCCCAUCUCCCCAUUCACCUCCUGCCCUCUUCCUCCAACCACCCGACACACUGGACAUCCACAAGCGGCCGGAUAGCGGCGGCGGCGAAGGGCCGGAGCCCGGGCCGUUGCCGGGGAAACUGGGGGUGCUAACGUUACCGGACUCUCCGCCGCCGGGAGGAGUCGGCGUCGGAGUCGGAGUCGGAGUCGGAACGGCGGCUACAACAACAGAAAACAAGCUCAGCUGUAGUGGUGCGGAGCUACCACCACCACCGACGACGACGAGUAUGGACGGGCUGGCCGUGGAAGUACGAGGCUCCAAUGGGGCCUUCUACAAGGGUUACAUCAAAGAUGUCCACGAAGACUCGCUCACAAUUGUUUUUGAAAACAACUGGCAGCCAGAGAGACAGUUGCCCUUCAGCGACGUGCGGUUGCCUUCUCCAGCCGAAUACAACAAGGAUAUUGGUGAAGGAGAGGAGGUGGAGGUUUACUCUAGGGCCAACGAACAGGAGCCAUGUGGCUGGUGGCUGGCCCGGGUCAGAAUGAUGAAGGGCGAGUUCUAUGUGAUCGAAUACGCAGCGUGCGACGCCACAUACAACGAGAUUGUCACAGCAGACCGCAUCAGGCCCCUCAACCCCAACAGCCCUUCCUCUCGAAACUCCUUCCACAAGGUCCUCAUCCCCGUCCCAGAAGACCUGCGGGACAUCUGUGAAAAUGAAAUCAUUCACAAAGAGUUCAGGAAAGCUAUCGGAGCCAACUGCAUCUGCUACAGUCCUCAAACGCACGAGCUCAGUGUGCUGACUACAAAUGAAACCACAGUAAAGCGUGCAACUCUUCUGAGCGACAUGCAUUUCCGCAGCAUCCGUACCAAGCUCAUGCUAAUGUCCCGCAACGAAGAAGCCACCAAACAUUUGGAGACAAGUAAGCAGUUAGCGUCAGCAUACCAGGAGGAGGUGAAGGUCAGGGAGGACCUGAUGGGCCUAGCCAUCGGCUCCCACGGUGCCAACAUCCAGCAGGCAAGGAAGGUGGCUGGUGUCACAGCUAUCGAGUUGGAGGAGGAAAGCUGCACAUUCAGGAUCUACGGAGAGACCCCAGAGGCGGUAAAGAAGGCUAGAGAAUUUCUAGAAUUCAAAGAAGACUACUUUCAGGUACCCAGGAACCUCGUAGGCAAAGUCAUCGGCAAGAACGGCAAAGUCAUUCAGGAGAUUGUGGACAAGUCGGGCGUGGUCCGUGUCAGGAUUGAGGGAGACAACGACAAAAAGCUUCCCCGGGAGGAGGGAGCCAGGCAGGCGGCAAGCAGGGACGACACUGCCAGCGGCAAAGAGGGCUUGGUUCCCUUCGUGUUUGUGGGAACUAAAGAGAACAUCAGCAAUGCUCAGGCUCUGUUGGAGUACCAUGUGUCCUACCUCCAGGAGGUGGAGCAGCUGCGCCUAGAGCGUCUCCAGAUUGACGAGCAGCUCCGUCAGAUCGGGGUCGGGUACCGCACACCUCCCAGUCGAACUGGAGGCCCUGGUGUUGAACGGGAGAAAGGCUACACGACAGACGAGAGCAGCAACUCACUCCACACCUCUCGCACGUAUGGAGGCCGCGGCCGAGGACGCAGAGCCUCCAACAGCCAGUACUCUGGAUACGGCACAAACUCUGAACAGUCCAAUGCUUCUGAGUCGGAGGAAGUUGGCGAGCGAGAGCAGCGGCCCCGUGGCUUAGGCGGCGAUGAGAGAGGCUCCCGACGGGGCGGCAGGGGCCGAGGCACUAACUCAGGACGAGGCCGUGGAGGACCGGGGUCCAAGCCCUCCAACUCCAUCAGCUCAGUGCUGAGGGACCCAGACAGUAACCCAUACUCCCUGCUGGAGGGUGAGGGAGAGCUGGCCGACGCCGACAUCAAUGAUGGCGGAGACCGCCGCAGACGCUCCCGACGCCGCCGCAACGACCAGGAGCCCAGCGUGAUGGACGCUGCUGGAGAGUCGGACAGCCAGGCCGGCCACAGCGAGAAUGGACUGGAUGAAGAAGCACGACCCCAGCGCCGCAACCGAAGCCGCCGCCGUCGUAACCGUGGCAACCGCCCAGAGGGAGGUUCAGCCAGCCGUGACAGACAGCCAGCUGAAAGUGUGACUGUUGCUGACUACAUAUCCCGUGCUGAGUCCCAGAGCAGACAGAACCUGCCCCAGAAGGAAAACCACGCUGGCCCCGAACCCAAGGAGAACGGGACCAGCGCCACGAAGGAUGAGCGAGCGCCCUCCAAGGGUUCCCCCAGCAAAGGCAUGACCUCGGCCAGCGAGACCCUGACCUUGGUCAACGGGGUGUCGUAAAGAGACGGCCGUGCCCCUCGCGAACCCAAGUCUAGAGCAAGACUCCAUGGCAAACUCUGUCCCUGCUUGCAUUAACUUAAACCUUAAACAGAUGAGUGAAAAGUACCUGACAAAAUACCUGAAUUCAUACUAUGAGAGUGAAAAAGUACAAAAAAACGACAAACGCAUCUACUUAAAAACACACGUUAACGGUGUAUGCUAUCCUAUCUAUCAGUACUUAGUGCUUAUUUAAAAAAAAACAACUAGCUUGCCAAAAAAGAGCUGGUGGAAAUGACUUGAUUUUUAAAAAUACUGAAAUACGAGAAACAGGACGAGACUUUUUUUGUUUGUUUUUGAAACGGUUGUCUUUAUUUGUGUCUUUUUUUUUUUGUUAUGUUAAUUUUGUUCAUUGUUUAUCACUGGUUUGGACUCGGCGGUCGCUCUCUCAACCAAACAGACGCGUCUCUUAACAGCGUAAAAGUACCGACUAGAGAGAUGUAAGCUGUAGGGAGUGGCGUACAAGCAGACAGUCCAAUAGCUUAUGUGACGCGAUGUUCGCACACUGAACCCGGGAGUGGAGACAGACAGACAGACAGACAGACAGAUUGGAAUAUUGAUAGACAUUGUGCCUUGAAUUUGAAAAAAGAAAAAAAAAGAAUAAAAAAAAGUUUUUUCCAUUAAGUUUGUUUUUGUUUCCCAAGAGGAAGAAAAGAGGAAGAGGCGUUCUUCCAGGUUUUUUUGAGGGGUUCCAAGAAGAGAACAGACCUGUGAGGGAGUGAUGAGCAAAAUGAGUGAACACAGAAACGGAGGGAGUGGCUGGCCAACGCGAGGGAAAACAAGUCCGGUGCCAAACACGAAAUUCAAGGCGCUAGUCCUCAUUCCGAGUCGAAUGGACGGCAUAGGGGGUCAGUGUGUGCGUGUACGUACACGUGUGUGUUUGUGUGUGCACAGUUGAGAUAUUUGGCAACCACAAAACUAAACUGGGAGGGGUGAGGUAACGUAACGCAGCCCUGGGCGGGUCGCACGGUGAGGCGUCUCUAUUUAUCAACAGGCCUGAGGGGGGUCUUCCUCUUACCUGUUAGAGGUCUUUUGAGGGUCCAGGGUGGCCUGGUAAACAGGACAGGCUGAGACCAGACAGACAGCAGACUUGAACUAUAGAUUUAGACUUAAAGAGAACUAUACCGUGCCUCUUUCUCUGUGUCGGAGGGGGCGGCGGUGCUAGCUUCCAGUCACACUAGUGUCUUGAUAAACCACUGCAGCGCACAGCUUCCGGAUGCACACGAUGGGCGACCACCUUUCUGGGACAGGUGCUGCUAAGUGGGGGAGGGCCCUGGACACUGCGGACUGUGGGGAUUGGGACAGCUUCAAAUGACAUGAGAGCCACAUGACACACAGCCCCCCACAGGAUACAUAAACAUACACACCAGGUGCGCGUAAGGUCGCCCCGCAUGGCGCGAAGUAGAGGAAACAAAACAAAGCGAGGUGUCUGUCUUGUACCUGGCGGUUUGGGUCGGCAAAUGGAGUACGAGAGGGACUCGAAAAACCCCUCAGUGGCUCUCUGCUCAUGUUGUUACUGUUGUCUUGGUUACCGCUCUCACGUUUUUUUUGUUGCUAUUUCCACAUCUUUAGAAAAUAUGAAAUAAAAAAUUGAAGUGAAAUCAACCUCUUCUCUGGAGACGAACUUUGAUUUCUCUGUCUUGUGAGUUCUAUUUUUCUAACUUGCAUGGCGUUUAGUUAACGAGUAGUAGGUGGUGCCUGUCCCGUGCAUGAGGAAAGGGUGUUAUUAAUCUGACUUACAAAGCCAUUGUUUCAUUCACUAGAAUUGCUGCUAAUGUACACAUUGAAUGUCCAACUAACGUAGAAACUCUACCUUGAACAGAGAGGGAAACUAUUUGUGACUUCAGAAACAUUUAACCCCCCCCCACCUCCUCACCCUCGCUCAUCUGCCCAAGUUUCUAUCGGUGGAUACGAGUCAGGAAAGGACCCAUUCCUUCGCUCACAAGUUUUCAGAGUCUCACAAAAGUAUUAAAUUACAAAGGGCAACAUUGUGCAUGACAAGCAAGCGUCCACAUGACCAAAGGUUUUGAGAGACAGAUGAAUGGGAGUGUGGUUGAGCUGACCCAGAUGCUGCUGUCAUACAUUUCUGCUCACCUGUAUGUUGUGUUUUUAUUAAAGGAUGAACGAGCACUUGAGUAUUUGUACUUUGGUUCAGUUUGCAUGAGUGCGAGUGGAGGUUUGUGUUUACCUUUAUACCUCAUUGUGUGAGUACUGUAUAUCCUCAUGUAUCUGUACCCCCCCCUACCGUCCUGUUGAAAGACUGCUGGCUGCUCUGUGUGAGUGUGUGUGUGUUGGUGUGUGUGUGUGUGUGUGGAUGCUGGUUGUACAGUCGACUCCUUACUCUGUCAGAUUUUGUCUCUGGUUUUCUCACUCAUGUUCUGAUGGCAAUAAAGGACUUUUCAUUGUUUGGUAUA